GAAAAUUUGGGAGAGUUGUACAUUUUUCCAGAAAGAAGGUACAGACAGAAAACGAAACCCUCGGCUGCUAAUCAAAUCAAGAUCAAACAACAAGGAACCCUAGAAAGUGAGAUUGUGUGGCAAUGGCUGAAGAGAACAAGCAAGAACAAUCAGUUGUACCAUCAGGAUACAAUUUGGAUGCAAAAUGGGAUGCUUGUCUUGAUUUGGGUGUUCGCCGUUUUACUUACUUUUCAUUAAUCGGUGGCUUUGCUGGUCUUCUCCUCUUCCGGAGUCCCGUGACACGGUGGGCAUCUACGGCAUUUGGUGCUGGGGCAGGUCUAGGAUCUGCAUACACAGAAUGCUCUCAGAAAUUUGGUGGAUAUCCUGGAAAAUCAACUGCUAGUAUUUCUGAGACUCCUAUUACCAAGGUCGGAGAGGACUGAAGCAACCCUUUCAGGGAGAUCACAGAUCAAAUUUUUCUUUAACGUAUGAGAUUGUUGUUUCCCUGUUUUCACCCAUUGGCCUUUUGUCCUUUGUUAUGCCAAAUAUUAUUUUGCAUGACUUGAUAUUUAGAGCAAUCUAUGGCUCAUUUGGCUUUUUUUUUUCUACUUUGUAACUGUUACUACCAAAAUGGAAUUAUAUAACAAAAGGAAGGAGAAGAAAUAAUUGCUUUUAUCUGCAUUUUCGUGUUGUGUUGCACACCUUUGUUGAUGGAAGUAUUCCGUGGCCUAUGGGCUUUUGAAGUAGAAAUUGAUGAAUAAA